UGCAUACAAACCUGCGCCCAUUUUUUAUAAUCCAUUUUCACUAGUUAUUAGUUUCUCACGUUUUUGACUUAAAAAGCUUUCUUCUCCACACUCGUGCUCGACCGAAACCAGCAAUGGCCGGCGGUGGUUUUGGCCCUGGUCCCGGCGACGGGAGGGAAUAUCCCGGCAACCUGACGCCGUACGUCAUGGUUACCUGCGUGAUCGCCGCCAUGGGAGGUCUGAUCUUCGGCUACGACAUCGGAAUUUCAGGUGGAGUGACGGAGAUGGACACAUUCCAGAGAGAGUUCUUCCCGUCGGUGUUCAGAAAGCAGAAAGCCGACGACACGACGAAUCAGUACUGCAAAUUUGACAGCGAAACGCUGACUCUGUUCACGUCGUCGCUGUAUCUGGCGGCGCUGCUGUCGUCGCUGGUGGCGUCGACGGUGACGCGGAAGCUGGGGCGGAAGCUGUCGAUGAUGCUCGGCGGAGUGCUGUUUUGCGCCGGAGCUUUGAUCAAUGCCUUCGCUAAGGCGGUUUGGAUGCUCAUAGUCGGCCGUAUCUUUCUCGGUUUUGGAAUUGGGUUCGCCAAUCAGUCCGUACCACUAUACUUAUCAGAGAUGGCUCCGUACAAAUACAGAGGCGCCCUUAACAUCGGCUUCCAACUGUCAAUAACGGUCGGAAUCUUAGCCGCCGAGGUCCUGAACUACUUCUUCGCCAAAAUUGACGGCAGCUUAGGCUGGCGGCUCAGCCUCGGCGGCGCUAUGGUCCCCGCCAUCAUCAUCACCAUCGGAUCACUCGUCCUCCCGGAGACUCCGAACUCCAUGAUCGAGCGCGGUAAGAACGACGAGGCCAAGAGCAAGCUCAUCCGAAUCCGAGGAAUCGCCAACGUGGACGACGAAUUCAACGACAUGGUCGCCGCCAGCGAGGCGUCGAGACAAGUCGAGCACCCGUGGAGGAACCUCCUCCAGCGGAAGUACCGCCCCCACCUCACGAUGGCCAUCGCCAUUCCGUUCUUUCAACAGCUCACCGGCAUCAACGUCAUCAUGUUCUACGCGCCGGUCCUUUUUAAGACAAUCGGUUUUGGGAGCGACUCCGCGCUGAUGUCAUCGGUGAUCACCGGCGGUGUCAAUGUCUUGGCAACCGUCGUUUCUAUUUACGGCGUCGAUAAGUGGGGGAGACGGUUUCUUUUCCUCGAGGGCGGCAUCCAAAUGCUCAUAUGCCAGAUCGUCGUGUCGAUAUGCAUAGCAGUGAAGUUUGGGGUGGACGGUGAUCCGGGCCAUCUGCCCAAAUGGUACGCGGUCGUCGUGGUGCUUUUCAUAUGCAUUUACGUGUCGGGAUUUGCGUGGUCAUGGGGUCCGUUGGGGUGGCUCGUUCCGAGCGAGAUAUUCCCGUUGGAGAUAAGGUCGGCGGCGCAGAGCAUCAACGUUUCGGUGAACAUGCUGUUCACGUUCAUCGUGGCGCAAGUGUUCUUGAAAAUGUUGUGCCAUUUGAAGUUCGGGCUGUUCUUGUUCUUCGGGUUCUUCGUGCUCGUGAUGACGGUGUUCGUGUUCUUCUUCUUGCCGGAGACGAAGAAUGUCCCGAUAGAGGAGAUGGCGGUUGUCUGGAAGGAGCAUUGGUUCUGGUCGAGGUUUAUGUCUGAAGUCGAGUAUCCGAAUCGUGCCAAUGGGAAUGGAUCCAUCCAAAUGAAGAAGAAGAAUGAGAAAGUAUGACCAAAUUAAAAUGUUGUCACACGUACAAACCCAGCUGCAAUUAUGAUUGAUUAGUUGGAUUUUAAUGUUUAUUUUGGUGAUGAUGGUAAAGAAGAUCGAACGAAAAAGAAGAAAAUCAAAUGUUAAUGUGUGUAUUGUCUCUUUUUUUUAAGCAGUGGAUAUAAUAUUGAA